AUGAAGGCCUGUAAACCCGUCUUCCCCCUCCAAGUCACACUGCAAGCGGAUUCAUUACAGGAACAAGAGGCCCAGACUCUCCUUCGACAGACUCAGCAUGCUCUUGAUGACCUCAACGACUUCACCGCCCACCAUCUCCGCCUCCAACUCGCCUCGAAGUCCGCAAAGGAAACGCCCGAUGCCGAUGCCGAGUCUCAGUCCGCCGUUACCAUCCGACUCGCCCCUAGCGGCUCCGCCAUCUCUUCUUCUACUCCCGGCGCCCUAGCCUCAUACAUCGCUACCGAACUACGCUCCACCUUUGCUGAGGAGCAAGCUGUCUUGUCCUAUCUCCUCUCCUCGUCGUCCUCCCAUGCCUCCGAGCCGCGAAGCACCGCGCUGAGCCCCGAGCUCCUAGGCACGCUCGAGAAACGCACAACCCGCUCCCUAAAGUAUUCCCACACGUAUCAUCUCACCUUUUCUCUCUUCACCGCCGGAGCCUCGCCCAGCACCUGGGACAUUGAUGGCGCGCUGAAUGACUACAUACGACCCGUUCUAGAAGUUUUGAGCCCGAUCCACAACUUCACCAUUGAUACCCAGGUCCAGCUUUACGCCACCCCCGGCGUCCAGUCCGAGGUCCUCUCUAAAGAUGACUUGGUUUCUUUCAUCAACGCCGCUGAAUGGCCGCUUUCCCCUCUAUUGGCGUCCUGGCUCGUCCCCCAAUGGGGCUCCGUUUAUCUUCUCCCUCUUGUGUCGACGACGGCGCACAUCGACGCCCCCGCUUUGAAGCAACCCCUCCUCACCUUCUCCUCUCAUCUCCUCUCGCUCCUCGGCACCCCCGAGUCCGGCUCUCUUCCGCUCCGCCUCUCUACCUUGAGCCGUAUCCGCUCUGCCGACCUUCUUCUCCGCGCCUCCUCCACCCUGGGUUCCCUUGCUCGCCUCUCGCUCGCCCUCCCUUCUAUAUCUAUUCCCCGUAGUGUCGCGGAUGGCGUGUCCAAGUCCCUCAACCACCUUGAACUGGCAUGCUCAAACCUUGCCGCCCCUACCGCCCUCAAGCAUGCUCGUACUGCCGAGUCUGAGGCCGAGCGCGCUUUCUUCGAAAAGAGCAUGGUUGGUCAACUUUACUUUCCCGACGAACACAAGGUUGCCGUCUACCUGCCCCUCCUUGGCCCCGUCGGUGUGCCUCUCGUCAUGGGCCUCCUUGCCGAACUCAAGCAGUGGAUCAAGAGACGAAAGCAAAAGGCCGAAGACGCCAAGAGGAAGGAUGAGUAG